GGGUCCUGAUGUCUGGAUUCAAAUCUUAGCUGCUACAGCCCGCUGAUGGCCUUUGAGCAGAUUUACCUUCCUGAGGUAGCGUGGGAAUAAGAGUACCGGAUUCCUAGAGGAUUGUGGGUGGUAAAUGACAAAAGCACACAAGGUGCUUUAGCACAGUGUACAUAUACACAAAAUUGAAUAAAUGUGAACUAUUACCAUUAGGACCGAAGCUCACGUCUCUCACUGUGGCUCUGCAGGAUUCGUUCUCCCAGCUCUGCAGCCUUGUAGAAAGAAGCCUUCACAUACCCUGUCACUAGGCUCCAGUUGCACCAACCUUGUCUUUUGCCCAACAGUCUUGUUCCCUUCUGCCUGAGGCUUUCUGUGGAGGCCUUUCAUCUUCUGCUUCCACACAGCCUACUGUUCACAUCAUCCAGGAGACUCUUAAUGCUUCCUCUCUCUCCAAAAUGUGCCUUCUCUAGCAGAGCCUGGGCUUCUCCUUCCUUGCAAGGUUCCUGGAUGAAAUCUAUCCUUCCUUAGCUUGGUUACAUUCUUAAUGUCCAUCAAUCUGACAGCUUGCUCCCGAAAGUCAGUGGUCUAAUCUACUGUGGUCCUCGGCCUCCAGGCCAAGCCAUUGGCAGUAGCUUCUUCAAGUGCAGUAAAUGACCAGAGUGGACGAUGAGGUUUUGAGGACAACCCCCUCCCCUGACUUCUCCAUCACUCCCCCAACCCCUCCUACCUCCAGUUCACUUUCUCUUCUUGAGACAGGGUCUCAUUGUAAAACAGGCUGGCCUCGAAUUUACAGAGAUCUGCCUGCCUCUGCCUCCAAGGUGCUGGGAUUAAGACACACACUGCCACCCCCUGGCCUUUUCUUCUUUUAUCGUUUUAUGUAUGCGAACACUUUGCCUGCAUGUGUGUACCCUGUGGGAGCCUGGUGCCUAUGCAGGACGGAAGACUGUCAGAUAUCCUGGAGUUAUGAGUCAUUACACGGGAGCUUGGAAUCCAACCCAGGUCCUCUGCAAAAGCAGCCACUGCUCUUCAUCGCUGAGCUGUUUCUCCCUGUAUUCUGGAUCUUCUUUACUGUCUCACCAAUUCCUUCCAGCAGCAAAUUCAUAUUCUUAUUACCAACUAUACCAGGCCCUGUGCUAGGAACCAAGAGCACAGACUCAUACAAUUUUAUCUUUGACUGCGUGGAACCCAGGCCAGAGGUGGAAAUGGAAUCCAACAGAGGGCAACGCAGGAGGGAGACACACAGCAGAGUGGGGGCGGGGAGGGCCUUGGCUCUGAGAGGUAAGGGUGGACCAAGCUGGGUGCUUUCUCUGCAUCAUCAUAGUAAAACUCAGGGCCACUGCGAAGGCCUAUCAUCAUCCCCGCUGCACAGAUGAUGCAUAAAAAAGUUGAGUCGCCCAGGGCCACGAAGAUAGUGUUGGCAGCAGGGGGGUUGAAACGGGGCGGGUUCUGACUCAGAGCCAGAGCUGUGAACUACUUAGCCAUGCUGCCAGGGAGCAAACAGCUGGGAGGCUGCUCGCCCUGCCCCAACCCCCAGCACUGUGCUUGUGAGAGUGGGAAGUGCAGUUCCAGCAGCAGGAGUGCCACCACCCAGGCGCAGGCAGGGAGAGCCAGGCUGUUGGACCCGAGGAAGUGGAACACUCUGCUCCACACACGGAGCCUAAUGAGACAAUGCUCACGAGGGCGCAGAGACCUGCAAGAGCUCAGCAGACUCAAGAGCACCUCUGGUUUCUGGCUGCCAGCACAUGAGGAAGGCUUCGGUCUGAGCCUGGCACAACGCCCUAAGUGUGCAGCCGGCUCUCACCUCUCUCACCUCCUGCAAGCGCCGCAGAUCUCGCUACAGCUUUUCAUCACCCCCAGCAUCUUUAAAGGCUGGAUUCCCAUGCUCUGUGCUGCUCUUCGAUGGCAGCCGAACCUACAUCCUCAGUUUGUAGCACAGGCUUUGGGAACUGGGAGGCGAAUCCUGCCUCAGGCUCUUCUGAGCUGAGGCCUGGCUGAAGCCAGAUAGGGCUUUCUUCAAGGAGCUGCUGAGACCACCUGUCUUUCAAGUUUCCCCAUCCCCAGUACUCAGAAACCUGCAAGCUCCCCAUCUGAAAUGUCUUUUAUUUUACUACAUUGAGUUGAGUGUGUGUGUGUGUGUGUGUGUGUGUGUGUGUGUGUGUGUGUGCAUCAGUGUGCAUGCAUUAAGUUCAGAGGUCAGCCUGCAGGAGUGGCUUCUCACUUUCUUUUUUUUUUUUCUUCUUCUUUUUUCUUUUUUUCAGAGCUGGGGACCGAACCCAGGGCCUUGUGCUUGCUAGGCAAGCGCUCUACCACUGAGCUAAAUCCCCAACCCCAGCUUCUCACUUUCUACCACGUGGGUCUCUGGUAUAAACUUGGGUUGUCAGGUUUGGUGGUCAGGUUUUAUCUGCUGAGCCAUCUCACCAACCUUUCUUUCUUACUUAAAUGGUUUUUUUUAUUUUAUGUAUAUGAGUUAUUUUGCCCCUAUGUUCCACAGUGGUUUUUUUAAAAGAUUUUUAUUUUAUGUAUAUUUGUUUUAUGUAUAUGAGUACGCUGUCUUCAUGCACACCAAAAGAGGGCAUCAGAUCCUAUUACAGAUGGCUGUGAGCCACCAUGUGGCUGCUGGGGAUUGAACCUGGGUCCUCUACAGGGACAGUGUUCUUAAUUGCUGAGCCUGCUCUCUAGCAGAACAGCUGUGACCUCAGAAGUCCAGCAUCUCAGGGGAAAUCGCACAAGAGACACAUUGCCUGGUGCAAGAGGGUGAGGGUGACUUUUGCAGAACCUAGUGAUCAGCUGAGUGUGGGAGUGUCUGGCACCUUUGGGGUGUCUGUACCAAUCAAAAGAAAUCCAUAAGGCAGGCUGGGGAGGGGCUCAAUUUGUUGGAUCCUGAAUCCACAUUUCUGGUCUUUCUUGGGAUCCAACAGUAUCCUGCUCUUAGGAUUCGUUAAUGUCCCACCCCCACCCCAGAUACUGUUGCAGUUUUUAUAGAUGCCAGCUUCAGUGAGUCCCCAGUAUUGACAAUGACAAUGCGAACUAACAUGGGAGGAAGAGAAAGGUGCUGAGUCAACCCAGAGUUCAAGGUUGCUGCUUUCCUGGAUCACUUGGAGAAAUGCAGACAGAAAUAAGGAAGCGGGGUGGAGAGUCCUUGGAGGUAAGAUUGAAGGAGUAAUGGGUUUAACUCAGUCAAAUGCUCAGUCCAAAUGUACCCUAGCGGUUGACGACCCCAGGGUCCAGGGCAGCAGAAAGACUGAGAUAGAAGGGGUGACAAGCUUGAAAGCAGGGAUUCAUAAGGAACAAGAGGCAGCCUUCGUGUUGAGAUUUGGCACUGGAGACAAAGAAACAGACUGAUAAUUGAAGAAGCAGAAGGAUCAAUUAAAAGUCUUGGCCAAGAUAGGGAAGGCCUGUGUGUAUUUCAUAGGCGGAAAGCAAAUAUGUAGUGAAGAGAUGCGUGCUUUGAUAUGAGGAUCAGGAUAAUUAUAGUGAAAACGCUGUAGAAGCGACAGGAAAGGAAGGAGACUGAGAACAGUUUGUCUUCGAACAAAAAAGCUCGAACUUCUCAAACUGAGCCUGGGUUCUUGUCAUUCCUACUAAGUCACAACCAUGUCCUAAAUUUAUUUGUAUGGUGUGUGAUUAAGUCCAAGUAUGCUCACAGUAGCUCUCAAGUUCUCUCCACCAUCACCACCACUACCACCACCACCAUCAUCAUCGUGGUCUCACUCAUUGUGUUUCCUCGUGAGAUGGAAUUAAGAGAAGUGAAGGGGAAGAACUAACCUAGCGAGAUAACCAGGCAGUCAGUGGGGGUGCUGUACUAACCUAUCGAGAUAACCAGGCAGUCAGUGGGGGUGCUGUACUAACCUAGCGAGAUAACCAGGCAGUCAGUGGGGGUGCUGUUGGUUAUUGUGAAACCACUGCUCUUCUGCAUAACUUCCUGACACUUCAAAGACUUGAAAAUGGCCGCCUCCAGGGAGCCGGACUGGAGGGCAGAGAGCUGAAGCAGAGGUCUGCUGCUUUGAUAUAACCCUUUAGUACUAUUUGACUUUUUUACUAGAGUAGAAACUCUUUAACGACCUUCUCUGCCCUCUUCCGCAUUACCUUUUCAGUGGUAAUGAGAAGAUAAUUUCGAUUUCAUCUAUCUUUUUAUCUGAGGUCAGUGGCAUGCUCCCUGCUCCUUGCCAGCAGGCUCUUCCUCGGCGUGCUUCACACCCAAGGACAAAUUGUCUGGCCACCUGACCAACCCCAUGUCCAGAUUCCUACCAGACAGCAGGUUUCCUGCAAAAUGUUCUUUUAAAAUUAAGUGAAACAAAACAAAACAUUUGUAAGAGAGAGUUUGCGUUAAAAAAUCCUCCAAGUAAAAUGCAAAAAGAAUUGAUACCAACAUUGAGGUAAUGAUGUAGCCUUCAGUGACAAACUUGAGGCUCAGAAGGGACAGGGUGACAAUAAGGACUUGACCUCUUUCCUGGAUCCAAUCUAUCUCUCUGUACCACACAGACACUACACUGACACUAUACAGAUAGACAGAGAUUCUCAUAGUUUGUAUGUGUUUGGCCAAGGGAGUGGCACUAUUUGGAGGUGUGGCCUUGUUGGAGUAGGUGUGUCACUGUGGGCAUGGGCUUUAAGACCCUACUCCUCGCUGUCUGGAAUUUAGUAUUCCACUAGCAGCCUUCAGAUGAAGCUGUAGAACUCUCAGCUCAUCCUGCACCAUACUUGCCUGCACGCUGCCAUGCUCCCACCUAGAUGGCAAUGGACUGAACCUCUGAACCUGUAAGCCAGGCCCAAUUAAAUGUUCUUAUGAGUUGCACUUGAAAAAAAAAAAAAAGAGAGUUGCAAUUGGGGGCUGGAGAGAUGGCUCAGUGGUUAAGAGCACUGACUGUUCUUUCAGAGGUCCUGAGUUCAAAUCCCAGCAACCACAUGAUGGCGCACAACCAUCUGUAAUGAGGAUCUGAUGCCCUCUUCUGUUGUGUUUGAAGACAGCUACAGUGUACUCACAUACAUAAAUCUUAAAAAAAAAAAAAAAAGAGUUGCCUUGGUCAUGGUGUCUGUUCACAGCAGUAAAACCAUAAAAAAAAACUAAACUAAGACACAGACACAUACAUACUCCCUAGUCUUUUUUUUUUUUUUUUGAGAUAGGGUCUCAUGCAUUCUAGGCUGACCUCCAAUUUGUUAGUAUCUGAGGAUGACCUUGCAUUUCUGAUUCUCUUGACUCCACUUCCCUAUUACAGGCAUGUGCCACCACGCCUUGUUUAUGGAGUAAUUGAGCACAAGUCUUCAUGCAAUCUAGGAAAGCACUCUCUUCCAAAUGAGCUACAUUCCCUAGCUUCAGCUGUACCUUUAGUCCCUCAUUCAGCUUUGAAAGAAGUCAACCCGUGGGGACUGGUGAGAUGGUUUAAUAGGUCAAAGCUGCCACACAAGCAUGAGGACCUGAGUUCAAAUCUCCAGCACCCAUGCAAAAACGUAUGCAUGCUUGAGUGGUAGGGGCAUACGCAUUUAAUCCUGGCACUCAGGAGGCAGAGGCAGGCAGAUCUAAGCAGGCAGAUAUAAGUUCGAGAGCAGCCUUGUAUAUAGAGCAAAUUCCUGCUCAGCAAAAAGCUGCAAAAAGAAACUCUAUCCUGAAACAAUGGCAAAAAGUUGUGCAUGGCGGUGCAUACAUAUAACAACUCCAGUGUGGGGAUGGAUACAGAGACAAUCAGAUCCGAGAAGCUGCUGGCCAGAGACCUACCCAAACGGGAAGUUUCUAGUUUAGUAGAAGACCCUGUCUUAAAGGAAUUAGGGUAGAGAGUGAUAAAGGAAGACAAUGUCCUUCUGUGGCUUUUGGAUGCGUGUAUCUAGGAACAGCACGCACACACGAAUGCACGCACACACGUGUAUACACAGAAAGUGGAAGAGAAAGAGAAGAGUAAGAAGAGAAGGAAGGAGGAGUUGAUGUCACUGUUAUCCAACAGGAGGCUCCUGCACAGCCUCUACUGGUCUCUGAAGGACACUUUCCCACACUCAUGGCCUGGUGUCUUCCCUUCUAUGCUACCUUGGGGCUGGCUCUCUGUCUCACUUUGCCUGACAGAGUGCGGAACGGAACCGGUGCAGGUGUCAGGUCUAGUUUUUGAGACACCUGGCAGUUCUACUUCGUGCCCUCUGAGCCACAAUGUAAGAAGUUCAGCUGCCCAGAUGGAGAGGCCAUGUGGAGUCAAGAGGCUCUGAGACUCCAUGCAGAACAUACCCAGCCUUUCUGUAGCCCCAGUGGCCUUCAUAUGACUCUGGUUCCAGAUGCCAUCUAACUCUAACCUCAUGAGAAACUCCAAGUGAGACCAGCAGUAUCACAUAGCCAAGCACCAUCAAUUCACAGAACUAGAGGAAAAUAAUGACUGUUUUAAGCCAUAAAAAUCUGGAGUAUUUGUGGUGCUGCAAUAAAUAGCUGAAAUGUCAUUCUGUAUUUUAAUUGCCUGAUGGCUUUGUUUGCACUACUAUGUUGUUUCCUCAGUGAGGGUAGGGGCCAUAUCCUUCUGUUUUUAUAAAUUAUCUUUAUUCUUGAGAAUUUCAUACAUGUAUACAGUGCAAUAUGAUCAUGUACUAAUCCACUGCCCACUUCUCUCUCCAACUUCCCCUGUAUCUUCCCAGCACAUCUCCUUCUCAACUUCAAGUCUUCGUUUCCCUUUGAUAGCCCACAGUUAAAUUAGUACUGCCCAUAUGUGCACGGAUGUGGGCCGUCCCCGGCAGCCUAGGACAGCCCACCAGUGACCACAUCCUCAAAAGAACAAUCUUCCCUUUCCCAGCAGAUAUCAGCUGCCGAUAGUUCCUCAAAUAAGGGGUAGGGCCUGGAAAGCACCUCUCUCCACUCUAUGGGAAUUUUAGCUGUCUUGCCCUUGUGCAGGUAACCAUACCUGCUCUGAGUUCCUGAUGUGAUAGUCACAUUGUAUCCUGAAGAUAGCAUUUCAUAGCAUCCCUCCCACCAUCUGGCUCUCACAUUCUUCUGCCUCCUCUUCCGACAUCUUCCCUAAGCCUUGGGGGUUGGAAGGCGAGCGUUGAGGGCUGAGCACUCAGUCGAUUCUCAGAACUUUGACCAGUUGUACAUCUCUUCAUUAACUGCUGCCCACUGUACAAACAAGCUGCUUUGUCUGCUCUGCGGUUGAGACUGGAUCUCCUAGGCUGCCUAUAGCUCAUCGUUAGACUAGGUUGUCCUCAAACUCACGACAAUCCUCCUACCUCAGCCUCCCAGCAUCCUGAGUGCAACCAUAGUGGGUCACGUGCAUUUUCUUCAAGUUGUUAAAUACUCUGGGCAUUACCUAGCACUGAAUAAACUCUCAUGAACCUGAUUAGUACAAAUUAAAAAUGCCUACAAAGGGGUUGGGGAUUUAGCUCAGUGGUAGAGUGCUUGCCUAGCAAGCGCAAAGCCCUGGGUUCGGUCCCCAGCUCCAAAAAAAAAAAAAAAAAAAAAAAAGCCUACAAAAAUAAAGGCAACAAUAAAUGUCUACAAUACUUCCAUUGUGGGAACAGAGUGGCUUGUAUACACAUCCCGAGAAGUGAUUUACUUGGUACCUAGACAAUAGGUUCUUUUUUUUUUUUUCCGGAGCUGGGGACCGAACCCAGGGCCUUGCGCUUCCUAGGUAAGUGCUCUACCACUGAGCUAAAUCCCCAGCCCCCGACAAUAGGUUCUUAAUGACAACAGCUGGUCUUUGUAGAAGGAUUGAAUCAACUUGACUUUGGGUCACGAUCCAAGCGCAGAGAGUGAGGACAGAAGAACAAAGUGGCUGAUGGCUCAAGGCAAAAGUCAGGAGUUGCUCCAACAGCGUUGCUGUGGGUUGCACUGAGCAAGUGAAUGGAUGAGGAGUCCAGCAACCUCCACAUAACUCACACCAAGCAGUCUCUUGAUGUUCCCAAGAAUCUGAGGGAAAAAAUAACGUUCCUUCUUUCCCCCUGGAGCAUGGGAAACCCACUAGCGACCACAUCCUCAAAAAUACAACAAUCUUCCCUCUCCCAGCACAGAUCAACUGCCAACAUUUCCUCAAAUAAGGGGUGGGGCCUGGAGAGCACCUCUCUCAGCUGUAUCAGAAUUUUAGCUUGCUUGAUCUUGGGCAGGCAGCCACAGCUGCUGAGUUCACGGAUGUACAGCUAUGUCAUGUCCUGAAGCCUUCUAGACCAUGUCAGACUAACUAUCUGACUUGCCUUGAACUCUCGACCCACCUGCUUCAGUUGUUCAAGGGUUAAGACUACCGGUUUUGUGUCACUACCCCUGGACUUGAUACCAUUUUGUAAAUGGGGGCAGACACAUUAUUCUCCCUUUCAGACUCCUUCAACUAACGUCACACAGGCUGGGACCUAAAUGGAAGUAUGUACAAUGAACAUAUUUUUGCUCACAUCAGUAAUUCUACGAUUAGGGUCUGGUUCUUCUGGCAGUGUGCAGCUAAGGGACACUGUGUAAACAUAUUUUGUGGGCUGACGGUCUUGGUUAAGUCCCGUGUGGGACAUAAAAUGGGAAGAUGCUACCCCUGCCCUGAGGGAGAGAACUGGGGAGACUACACUUACACAGAUGAGAUAAUUAAAUAGCAGGACAACAUAUAAUUACUGCUAAACUGUGUAGUAAAAUUAAGUGCUACAGGGAUUGGGAAAAGCAGAGAAGUGAGGCUCCAGCACUUGGGGAGUCUUCAUUGCAGACCCAAGAUCUGGCUGAGCCUUGCAGAAGGAAGCCAACUAGAGACAGGCUGGGAGGAAGAAGAGCACAGAAGUCUCAGGAGAACAGAGCCAAGCACAUUUGUGGGUUUAUUUCAGGCAGCACAUGAACUACGAAAGGUGUCCCAAUUCCCCAAGCAAGAAUGUUUCCGAAUAGUUCCCCACAUUCAGGUUCCUGGACACUCAUUAGGCUUUCUCUGCUUGUAAUGCCUCUCCCCUUCUCCUGAUAAACUUGUGUUUAAAGACCCAACUCAAAUCAAACCACACGUCUGAAUCCUUCCACCAUACAUUCUCCCCACCCCCACUGCUCAUGCUUCUAUUAAGACGCUACUUACAGUUCCCUGCUCAUCCCCUCCACUACUAUAAUUAAUACUAAUUUAUAUUUCUUGAGCACUUUCUAUGCUUCAGGACCUCUGUAGACAUUUAUGUUGUUUUGACUCUCAGCUGCAUAAGGUAUUGUUUUCCCUACUUUUCAGAUAACAGGCUGAGUGUGCUUUAAGAACCCGGCAAUGUGGGGUUUGGGAUUUAGCUCAGUGGUAGAGCGCUUGCCUAGCAAGCGCAAGGCCCUGGGUUCAGUCCCCAGCUCCAAAAAAAAAAAAAAAAAAAAAAGAACCCGGCAAUGCUAACAGAGCUAGGACAUCAGAAAUCGGGUAAUUGCGGGACUAGUGCCCAUUUGCUUUUUGUCAGUGCUGGAGAUUGAACUUGGUCUUCUGAAGGAUUGGCCUGGCCUCUGACAAUGAGCUCUGACUUCAUCCCUACAACUCUGUUCUCUCUUUUUGAGACAGGAUCUCACUAUAAACCUCAGAAUUGCCUAGACUCAUUAUGCCUUGAAACUGAGAUCCUCCUACCUCAGCCUCCCUACAACUAGAACUAUAAGCCUAUACCCGACUCCAUUCUUUUUUUUCCCCCUUGAGAUCUCAUGUAGCCCAGGCUGGCCAGGAACUAUAUAGCUGAGGACAGCCUUGAACUAAUAAUCCUCCUACCUCCACUUCCAAAGCCUUAUGUCACCUCAUCCUACUUCAGUCUACUCUUAAUGUACUGGAGCCAUAUAUUUUUGGAGACCACAAAUGCUGUUUAUCAAUCUGUCCUCUCCUAGCCUGGAACGGUGGCUGACAUAUGGCUUGAGAGUGUUUUAAAGAUAAACACAACUUUCACACCACAUGCCUGGGUCUACGACUAGGUACAGCCAGUACUCCUUUAUCCCAGACACUCCCUCCCACCUAAAAGUCACACACUCUGGGGGAAGGAGAGAGGAACUCUGAACACCUUUCAUUUUUUUCACGGGACUCCAGAGUGCCGAAAGUGGGACCAGUUUACAAAAACUUAACUUUGACUGAAACUGAACUGGCAGCUCAGACUGACGAGGGCCUGUGAAUUCUUAGGUGGUUUGAAAAGAGCAGCCACUCAAAAAAUCUUCAGGAACAAGGAGUCAAGAUUACUCCAGACCCUAUCCUUUCACAGAGGCCCAGGCAACAGAGCAUGAGCAGUAAGGGAAGGAAAUAGCCCUACACUGUUAGCUUCAGCAGGCUGAGUUCUCCUAAUUUUUUAGGGGCUUUGACUCAGGCCAAACCAGAAUUCCUGGCUUAAAGGAUUAAAAAGAAUCUCAGGACUAACCACUCUGAAGAGCUGGAGAUUUUACUAAAGAUAUCUUUAACAUAGGUAACUCUAGGCAUAGAAGACGCUUAGGAAAACAAAAACAAUACAUACCAGCGUGUCAAUACGGACUCCUCGAGAGCUGCCAUGUUAGCUAGAUACCUCUUUAGUGGUUAAGUUACAUCGCAAAAGGUUGCUAAGACCCACUCCACUCCUCUCAUUGUUAAGUGAAUGUAUAAGGUGGUUUGUAGGUUGGAAUUACAAUGCGAUAAAGUAAAACCAGGCGCCACAAAGGUUGCACAAAGGGUUUAGUACAUGUCCUUUACCUGUAAACUGGGUUUCUGGUGAGAUUCCUAAAGAAACAAUAGUUUAUGGCCUUAAACAACUAUUAAGUGCGCUGGAAUUCUGGCCCGCUGGCGAGGAUUUCCUCUGCCUACAGCCUAAAUGUAAAGAGACAAAACCGGACCAGAGCUAGAACCUGGGGGGCAAAACUGCUCUGAGAACUUCGGUCCACCAACCGGCCACCAUUCGGAUCCGCGCUCCCUCGCGGCUCCUGCAAUGGCGAUAGAGGACAAAAUCUCGGCCCUGGCCCUGCUUCAAGUUCUUGUAGCUCUCACCUAGCUAGCGCCAAGCCCGCCCCAUCCGCUACUUCCUUCCUAGAGCGUCAUCCUUCCGGCAGGGCUCCUUGCUAAUUGGCUGGCUGGGGACUCGGCUGCUAGGGACUGCGCAGUAUCAACUCUGGUCCCUGUCCUGUCCUUCGGACCUCGAUCCCUUGGCUGCAAGCUCUAUGGUGCUGCUACGACAUGUGGCGCCUGACAGGGAUCCUGGGGCGAGGUAGGGGCUGUCUGCAAGCUCUUCCUCGCCUGCUGGGACCAGGCUUCCGAGGGAUAACACCCAAACCCACCAGUUCAGAUGGGCCUCAGACAACCUCCACUACCCUGCCACUCCCUAGGGUCAACUUUGACAGAUCAGGCUCCCAUGGUUCAAAGAGGAACAGGGACCCAAAGUGCUGUGGAUGGAAAGAGGCCUUCCACUGGAUGUCUGCUCAUGUCUCCCCAAACACUCUGCGGGAUGCCGUCUCCUGGGGCACUCUGGCCGUGCUGGCCUUGCACCUGGCGAGGCAGAUUCACUUCCAUGCACCUCUGGUAGCAGGACCUCAGUCAGCUGAACGCUGCUCUUGGCACAGUCCCCUGUACCGCUUCCUCUCCUCUUCCUGGUGGCACCCGCACUCCUCACUUCGGAGGCAUGUUCUUCCCAGUCCUGACUGCCCGGCUCCCAGGAACACUGGCCUGAGGGAACCAAGACUGGGCCAGGAAGAACCCGCAGCUCGAUCCCAGGGCCUUCCUUCAGAUAGCUCCCUGAAACCUGGCCUUCUGAACCUACCUGAAGAAGAGCCCAGUGACUUUGGCUUCCUGAAUGCUAGCAGGGACUUCACAUCCCAGGCAAAGGCAGCUGAGGCCGGCCCCCCUGGAGGAAAAAAUGAGCAAGACAAGCCCAAGGCUCUUCCUCUGGAGGAGGCUGUGACUUCCAUCCAGCAACUCUUUCAGCUCAGCGUUGCCAUUGCUUUCAACUUCCUGGGGACAGAGAACAUAAAGACAGGGGACUACACAGCAGCCUUCUCCUACUUCCAGAAAGCUGCAGACCGUGGCUACAGCAAAGCACAGUACAAUGUGGGCUUGUGCCUAGAGCAUGGCAGAGGCACCCCCAGGGACCUCAGCAAGGCUGUCCUCUUUUACCACCUGGCUGCUGUCCAGGGCCACAGCCUGGCUCAGUACCGCUAUGCCAGGUGCCUGCUGCAAAGUCCAGGCUCUAUGUCAGACCCCGAGCGACAGAGGGCUGUCUCUCUGCUGAAGCAGGCUGCAGACUCUGGCUUGACAGAGGCCCAGGCUUUCCUUGGGGUACUGUUUACCAAGGAACCACACCUGGAUGAACAGAAAGCUGUAAAAUACUUUUGGCUGGCAGCCAGCAAUGGGGACUCUCAGAGCAGAUUCCACUUGGGAAUUUGCUAUGAGAAGGGCCUUGGUGUACAGAGGAAUCUGGGAGAGGCUGUGAAGUGCUACCAGAAGUCAGCGGCUAUGGGGAACGAACCCGCCCAGGAGAGGCUUCGGACCCUCUUUAAUGUGGAAGCAGCAGGGCCCAGCCACCUGGCUAUAGGACUGAAGUCUUUCUCCAGCCCCUCCCUCUGUAGCCUGAACACCUUCUUGGCUGGCGCCUCAGGCCUCCCUCAUGCCUCAAGCACUGGAAACCUAGGCCUCCUCUGCAGAAGUGGCCAUCUUGGAACCAGCCAUGGAGCCCCCAGCAGGGCUAUGCCAUCCUUGGAAAGGAGUCUCGUAAGACUGGGUUUUGGCUAAGACCUCGUCCUUAGGAAUGAGAGUUCUCAGAGACAGCACAAUUUGAGUCCCAAAGAAGAGGCAAGUUAGCUACUUACCCUCCCAGAAACCAUCAGCACCUCCCAGCUCCAUAAAGAAGAGGAAGGUGUGUGAAGAGCUAGAGGGCUGUGCCACCUGGAAGCGAUGACCGGAUUUCUACCAUGCUUCCUCAGUUGUAGACUGAAGGCUCCUGCCUUAAAGAUUGAGGUGCAACCAUUUCCCUGCAGAAAGAUCCUUACUCCUUGCUUAGGUUCCCAAAGACAGACUGGUGCCUGCAGUUCCACGGCCUUAAGAAUCACCAGGCUGCUGGGGUGGUGACCCACGCCCAAUCCCAGCACUCAGGAGGCAGAGGGGCAGGCAGAUGUCUAUGAAUUCAAGGCCAGCCUGGUCUACAAAGUGAGUUCCAGGACAGCCAAGGCUGUAAUCACAGAGAAACCCUGUCUCAAAUCACCACCACCACCACCAUAUAAAACAAAAAGAACAAAACAAAAAAAGAAGAGGAGGAGGAGGAGGAAGAGGAAUUACCAGGUCAAGAUGAAGAUCAAAACUGACAUCAUGACUCUGGCCCAGACUUCUGGUCUACCAGUCCACACUGCCAUGUUAUUUGAAAACAUUAUCUAUUGUCACCCUGUAGAACAGUGGAGAUUAGGCACCUGGAGUCUUGGAGCCAGAGGGUGGAGACCAUGAGUCCUUUUUAGGAAAGGUCAGGUAGGGAUAUAUAAGUGUUUAAUAAAACAGAUGGUGGAUUA